AUGCCUAUCUCGACCUUUCUUACGGCCGGCCUUCUUGCCCUUAAGGUAAAUGCAUUGUCUGGACAGGAUACCCCUUCGAUACUGCGACGCGCGUGUCCCGACUACACUACCUACGCCUCAACACAGCAUGGUCCUUACAGUGGUGGUCCCUUAAAUCUUCCAUACCAGCGUCCUGCGCAGGCAUGUCGCACUUUCUCGUCCGACUCUGUUGAGCAGGUCAUCGAGGAUGUGACCUCGCGUCUAGUGGACAAGGACCUUGCGCAGCUCUUCCGCAAUGCCUACCCCAACACGCUUGACACCACAAUUCGGUGGCACGUAAAUGGUAGCAGCUCAACUGCGACCCGUCGAAAUCUUGACAAGCGCGAUACCUCCGAUUGGAGUGGCCUGCAGACAUUCAUUGUGACGGGUGACAUCAACGCAGAGUGGCUCCGUGAUUCUACAAAUCAAGUCAUGAACUAUCAAAAGCUAGCGUCGCAGGAUAAGGGUCUUCAUGACCUAAUACUUGGGGCAAUCCGCACACAGGCUGAAUUCGUCAUCCGAUCUCCUUUUUGCAACGCAUACCAGGCACCAUCUGUCAGCGGCAUCCAGCCUGAGAACAAUACCCAGGUCGACACCGUGCACCCUGCUUACGAAAAGUCUUUUGUAUACGAGUGCAAGUAUGAGCUUGAUUCCUUGGCUCACUUCCUCAAAAUGGGUAGAGAGUUCCAUGAGAACACCGGCUCGACCGAGUUCCUGACGGAUCGUUGGUUCAAGGCGCUGCAGACUGUCCUUAGUGUGAUUGACGCAGAGUCAAAACCUACGUUCGACUCCAACAACCAAUUUGUUCAGAAUCAGUAUACCUUCCAGCGAUUGACUACUCUUGGAACGGAGACUUUGACGUUGUCGGGCGUCGGUAACCCGCUCAAUAGUGGAACUGGUCUCAUUCGCAGCGCCUUCCGGCCUAGCGAUGACGCUACUAUUCUUGGAUACUUCAUUCCCCCGAACGCCAUGAUGUCGGUCGAACUGCAGGGUAUUGCCAAGGUUCUUCAGGCGGCAGGUGGUCAUGACAGCCUAGCCUCAGAACUACAAGACCGUGGCGAGAAGCUCGCGGCGGCUGUUCGUGAGCACGGAAUCGUCACCAAUGGCAAAUAUGGUGAGGUAUACGCCUUCGAGGUUGAUGGCUACGGAUCGCGGACUAUCAUGGAUGAUGCGAAUGUCCCAUCUCUUCUAUCCUUGCCUUACCUAGGCUUCCUCAAUCAGACCGAUGAAGUCUACCAAAACACUCGCAAGAUGAUUACUGAUAAACUCGGCAACCCGUACUACCUGGAGGGUCCUGCUUUCCACGGCAUCGGCGGUCCCCAUAUUGGUCUUACGAACGCCUGGCCCAUGUCACUGCUCAUACAGGCCCAGACCUCAGAUAACGAGACUGAGAUCAUGGAGUGCAUUAAUCUCGUUCGAGAUUCGAGCUUGCUUGGUCUCAUUCACGAGUCUAUAAACGUUACUAAUAUUAAGGACUAUACUCGGCCAUGGUUCUCAUGGGCUAACUCUGUGUUUGGUCAGACCAUUCUUAAGGUCGCUGCUGAGAGGCCUCAUUUGAUCUUCGGUGAGGGUGCCGAGCCUUAUACCGUUGCUUAG